GCCUCAUCCGCAUGUUUACAUUUUGUGUUUUAUUAUUAUUUUAUAUAAGUCCAUAAAAGUAGUGGGAUUAUACGUAAAUUUUAAUCACUUUGUUAAAAUAAAUGGUUCUGCUAUGGAACCUAAAGCAGAGAUUGCUGAUUUAAUAUUGUCGAAACAUUGAAAAUGUAAUCUUUCAAAUUCUAUGGAAUAUUGUGAUUGUGAUAGUUGCUUUAAGAAAAUGACUAGUACGCAGGUGUUUGACCUGGUGUCUGGGCUCAAAUCUCGCCAUGCCGAGACCCGACACAAGGCUAUACGUGAGUUACUUCACUUUGCAAAAACCGACUUACGGGAAAUGUCUCAGGACACCCUCACCCAAGUUUUAGAUGACUUUAACCAGCAAAUCCACUCUUUGACGUCCAGUUUCGAUACCAAUGAGAAAAAAGCUGGGAUUCUUACCAUUGUUUGUCUUAUUGGCGGAGACACAGAAACAACAAAAACAAGAACUCUUCGUUAUGCCAAUUAUUUAAGAUAUAUCUUCCCCACAACUGAUUUGGGAAUUCUAGAGUUAGCAGCAAAAACAAUGGGUCGACUUGCAGUGACUUUAGGUGUCAAACGAGGAGAAUAUGUGGAGUUUGAAAUAAAAAGAGCUUGUGAAUGGUUGGGCGAAGAAAGACAUGAGGGGAAGAGAUUAUCUGCUGUGGUAAUAUUACGAGAAUUAGCAAUUGCUAUGCCUUCAUAUUUCUAUCAGCAUGUUAACUCUUUCUUUAAUUACAUCAUGAUACCACUUCGAGAUCCUAAAGACCAGGUCCGAGAGGCAGCAGCCAAGACACUGAGAGCAGCUCUGCAGGUCACUGCUCAAAGGGAAGUUCCAGAACAAGCCUAUAAAGCUCACUGGUAUAUACAGUGUUAUGAGGAAGCUUUCACAUUAUUCUCAGAUUCUGUUAGAGGCUUAAAUCGAGAUGAUAGCAUUCAUGGAGCACUUUUAAUUUUAAAUGAACUUCUGAGAUGUUCUAACUCUGCUUGGGAGAAAAAAUACACCACACUGAUGCAGAAACUUGAUUCAGAGCAAGAAACAGCAGAUGAUAUGUUGUCUUUUAAUACUAAAAUGCAAAAUUCAUUUACAUCUCAAAACUAUUCAGAUGAAAAAGUUCAAACUGUAGCUGUACAUGAAUCCAUUAUCUGCAAAAAAAUGAUAUCAGAGAAAUAUGAAACAGUAUGUUCAGAAAUCAUGGCAUUACAGAUGUCCAGAGCUCAAAAUAUUCACCAAAUGCUUUUACUUAUUAUACCAAGGCUGGCAGCUUUUAAUAAAGAUGCAUUUUCAAAGAAACAUUUGAAAUCUACAAUCAAUCAUCUCAUUACCUUCCUCAUGGGAAAGGAAAAGGAGAAAGCUAUGGCUUUUACAACAUUGGGGCUCAUUUGUGUUGCAGUUGAAGAGGAGAUACAACCAUAUUUGACAAGAAUCAUAGAAAUUAUAAAAAUAACACUACUCACUAAGGAUACUCCAAAAAAACGAAAUGGAGUUGACACACCAGUCUUUAAUUGUGUAACACUAUUAGCAUUUGCUAUGAAAGAGAAAGUUAGUAAUGAUGUGAAAGAAAUAUUGGAACCUAUGUGUGCAAUAGGGCUUAGUGCCCACCUCACUACAUGUUUCAAAGAGUUGAGUCAAAACAUGCCAUCUCUGAAGAAAGAAAUAACAGAUAGAUUGUUGAAUAUGCUGUCUUUGAUUUUAAGGAAAAAACCUUAUGCACCUAAUAACUCUGACCAGCAGCUAGUCCACAUGAUGUCAACAGCAAUGUUAGUGGAAGCACACGAUGCUAGCAAACUGGUGUUGGCUCUGCGCACAUUAGGAUCAUUUGAUUUUGAAUGGAAUAAUACACUCAUGUCUUUCAUAAGAAGAUGCACUGAUCACUACUUGCAAAGUGAACAACAUGAUGUGAGGUUGGAGGCUGUCAAGACAGCUUCUAAGCUUUUGAUUAAGGCUGUUGAAAGAUGUGUACAAACAAAUUCUAGAACACUAAACUUAUUAGUUGAUGAGUCACUUGGCAAACUCUUAUCUGUGGGUAGGUCAGAUUUUGAUCAAGAAGUGAGAUACAGAGUUUUUGAAAUUUUUUCCAACACAAUUUUUGACAAAUAUUUGGCAGUAGAAGAACAUUUGAAUUGCUUUUUUGUAGCAAUUAAUGAUUCAAAUACAGAAAUAGGUGAGCUUGCAUUGUGUGUUGUAGGGAGACUAAGCAAUUUGAAUCCUAGUUACACAACACCUACCCUUCGUCAGUUAUUUGUUCAAAUUUUAAUGGAACUUCAACAUUCAGAGUCCACUCGUGCUAAGGAGCAGGCACUCAGAAUGAUAAACAACCUUAUCUGUCAUGCGCCUAGGAUCACAAGACAGUUUGUGGACACUAUCCUCAAGGUACUUGUUCCUAAACUGAGAGAGGAAGCAAGCAAUACUGCAAUGAUCGUGACGACACUGAAAGCGAUAGGUGAUUUAGCUGAAGUAAAUGGUGGUGCAGUAGCCUUAAAUCAGUGGAGGCAAGAACUGAUGGAAAUCCAGAUUGAAAUACUCUCAGAUCCUAAUCAACCUGAAAAAAGAAGUGUAGCACUAUGGUCGUUCGGGCAAGUGGUGAGCGCCACAGGUUAUGUAGUCAGACCUUACAUGGAUCAUCCACAACUGAUGGACAUAUUGUUGAACUUUUUGAAGUCUGAACAGCAGCCAAGGGAUAGACGUGAAACAAUACGCGUCCUAGGUCUUCUGGGCGCUUUGGAUCCCUACAAACACAAGGUUAAUCAGGGCUUAAUUGAUUUUCAAACAGUGUCAACACUGAUUCCUAUAUCUGAGCCGUCAAAGACAGAGCACUUGGAAUGUAACGUGAGUGAAAUGCUGGUAAACAUGUCCCCACUGGUGCUGGACGAGUUCUACCCCGCGAUCGUGGUGACGUCACUCAUGCGCAUCCUGCGUGACCCGCUGCUGGCGCAGUACCACACCAGCGUCGUGCACGCCGUCACCAUCAUCUUCCAGACUCUAGGCAUCAAAUGUGUUCCAUAUAUAUCCCGAGUCACCCCCACCUUGCUUUUUGUUAUACGCAACACGGAUAACAGUAGUUUUCGCGAAUUCUUGAUCACUCAGUUGGCGCAAUUGAUAUCCGUCGUAAAGAUUUACAUUCGCCCGUAUCUGGAAGACAUUUUCGAUCUGAUAAAAGAGUAUUGGACGCCCGAAAGCCAACUGCAGCCCACGCUGAUAAUGCUGGUAGAACAUAUCACAGUGGCUAUUGGAACCGAGUUUAAAGUGUAUCUCAGGAAAAUUAUGCCUAACAUUCUAAGAGUGCUAAAAUAUGACCGGAGUAAAGAUAGAUUUUUGACAGAAAAAUUGUUGACUACCAUUAAGAAAUUUGAGAAUAAUUUGGAUGAUGUGUUGCUGUCGAUAGUGCCAGCUAUUAUUGGUUUAUUUGAUGGGAGAAAUAUACCUAUGUCUACAUCAAAACUGGCGAUGGAGACUAUAAAACACCUAAGUACAUACUUGUACUUCCGGCCUUAUGCGGCAGUUAUUAUACAAGCUCUGGCCAAAGUCCUCGAUAACAAUCCUUCUUUGAGGCACACAGCUAUGAGCGCAUUAUGUGCCUUGAUCGUGCAGUUGGGGCGGGAGUAUAUAGACUAUAUACCAUCAGUGGAAAGGAUCCUCGUGAAGCACAAGAUUCAAUGCCCUAACUACAUAGUUUUAGUGACGAGACUUCAAGUUAUAUCGACUCUUGCUAGCGACGACGACUAUUUGGACGAAACCCGCACAAAGUUACGGAAUCAAAAGAAUGACCUAAUGACGGGGGAUACCCAGACGAUCCAGAAGCUUCACGUGAACGUGAAUAACCUUAAGAAAUGCUGGUCCAUCAACAACAUGGUGUGCAAAGAAGACUGGGGCGAGUGGCUGCGGCAUCUCAGCGUGGGCUUGUUGAUCGAGUCCAACAGUCCCGCUAUCAGGGCUUGUUCGACCUUGGCUCAAAACUACCCUCAGCUGGCGCGCGACCUGUUCAACGCAGCCUUCAUGUCGUGUUGGACUGAGCUAGAUGACAAUAAUCGCAAGGAACUAGUUGCAGCUUUGGAGCGGGCUCUGACGGAGCCCGAGAGCCCGGAGUUGUCUCUAGCGAUCCUGAACCUGGCCGAGUUCAUGGAGCACUGCGAGAAGGGGCUGCUGCCGGUGGCCGUGCGGCUGCUGGGCGACACCGCUGUCAAGUGCCGCGCCUACGCCAAGGCCUUGUAUUACAAGGAAGAAGAAUAUCGCCUAAACCCAACAACAGAAGUAGUAGAAGCGCUCAUUCACAUCAACAACAAGUUGCAACAGAGAGAGGCUGCCAACGGACUGUUAGAAAAGGUUAUAUCUCAGCAAAAGCAGGGUGACUGCUCGCUAAACAUCCACGUGCGAUGGUACGAGAAGCUACACAACUGGGAACAGGCUUUAGACCUUUAUAAUAAGAAGUUAGAAGUCGAACCACAAGACGAGGACUCCAAAUUGGGACUUCUAAGGUGCUUGGAAGCUAUGGGCGAGUGGAGAAAGAUACACAAUAUCACGACAGAGCAGUGGGACACUAUGUCGGAAGAUAUGAAAGUGAAAUCGUCCAAAAUUGCCGCCGCGGCUUCCUGGGGCCUUCAAGAGUGGGAUUCGAUGAGAAAGUGUGUCAGUUGUAUUUCUGAGGAUACCCAAGAUGGCGCCUUUUACAGGGCUAUAUUGGCGAUACAUGAAGGACAAUGGUCUGAAUCAAGGAAUUAUAUUGAUUCCGCUAGAAGUUUGUUAGAUACAGAGUUGACUGCUGUUGUUGGUGAAAGCUACCAGCGGGCUUAUGGGGCCCUAGUCAAUGCUCAGUUAUUGACUGAGCUAGAUGAAGUCGUGACGCAUAAGUUGAUUGAAGAAAGACGCAGCACUAUAUCUAAUAGCUGGUGGUUGAGAUUGCAAGGCGGGCAGAGGUUGGUGGAAGAUUGGCGGAAGUUAAUCCAAAUCCGCAGUUUGGUUGCGUCACCUCGGGAACACUUCCAAACUUGGCUGAAAUUCGCCUCGUUGUGCAGAAAAACUGGUUCCAUCAACCAAGCACAUAAGAUCGUUAUAUCGAUAUUAGGUUGCGACCCGGUGGCCAAUCCUGAUGUUUUGUUAAGAAUGCAAGACCCGAGAGUGGUUCUAUCGUACAGUAAGAACCUUUGGGAAGCAGGGAACAAACGUUACGCUUACGAUGUCCUUCAGAGAUUUGUAGACAGUGCUGAACCGGAGAACGAUGAUCAGUGUAGGCUGUUAGCUCGGUGCCAUUUGAAAUUAGGGUCGUGGUGCGAGGCUCUGCAAGAAAUAAACGAGUUAUCGAUACCAGAGAUACUGCGGAACUACGUGGCUGCGGUGAAUCUAGCGCCCGAUUGGUACAAAGCCUGCCACGCCUGGGCUUGCAUGAAUUUUGAGACUGUUCUGUUUUACAAACAGCAAGAUAAUGUAUCCGAGAGCAGCAUAGCAGCUGGAUCUGGUGAAAAGAAAGUUAGUCGUGCUGAUUUCAUUAACACUCAUACUAUACCGGCUAUUGAAGGAUUCUUCAAAUCGAUCAGUUUGUCGAAUGGAAGCGCUUUGCAAGAUACGUUGAGGCUACUCACGCUGUGGUUUGACCACGGUCAUAACACGAUUAUCUACGAUGCGUUGUUUGAAGGUAUCCGUCAGAUUGAUGUUAAAAUCUGGCUGCAAGUUAUACCGCAAUUGAUAGCCAGGAUAGAUUCUCCCAGGAGUUUGGUGGCGAAGCUGGUUCACAUUUUACUGAUAGACAUAGGAAAGUUGCAUCCCCAAGCGCUGGUGUACCCGCUGACGGUGGCCACCAAGUCUUCCUUCGUGAACAGGAAAACUGCCGCGAAUUACAUCCUGAACACGAUGUGCGCCCACUCUCAGAAUCUUGUCAACGAAGCGGCCAUUAUUUCGGAAGAGUUAAUAAAAGUCGCCAUAUUGUGGCAUGAUCAAGUUGUCAUCGCGAUCGACGACGCAUCCAGGCAAUAUUUCACGGAGAAGGACUACCGUGGAAUGUUUAAAACGUUGGAGAAAAUGCAUGCGAUGCUGAGCCGGCCGCCCGAGACCUUGAAGGAGAUCUCCUUCAUGCAGAUGUACGGCCGAGACCUGGAGGAAGCCCAGCGCUGGGGCGAGCUCUACAAGAGCACAGGCGAUGAUAGAUACCUAAACGAAGCGUGGGACCUGUACUACUUCGUGAUCCGCCGCAUCCUGGCGCAGUUCCGCGCGCUGACGUCGCUGGAGCUGCAGUACGUCAGCAAGCGGCUGCACUGCUGCAGGGACUUCCAGCUGGCCGUCCCGGGCUCCUACGUGCCCAACGAGAAGCUCAUUCGGAUAUCACACAUACACAGCCAGCUGCAGGUGAUCAAAUCGAAGCAGCGUCCCCGGCGUCUCACCAUCCAAGGAUCCGACGGCAAGCAAUACAUGUUCCUGCUCAAGGGCCACGAAGACUUGCGUCAAGACGAGCGGGUCAUGCAACUAUUCGGUCUCGUCAACACUCUACUCCAAGCAGACACGAAUACCUACAGACACGAUUUGGCAAUACAAAGAUAUGCCGUAAUACCCUUGUCUCCGAAUUCGGGGUUGAUCGGGUGGGUGCCUCAGUGCGACACCCUGUACAAUCUGAUCAGUGACUACCGCGCGAAGAAGUCCAAUAAGCUGAAUCUGAAUACGGAGCAACAGAUUAUGACGCGCAUGGCUUCGGAGUAUCACAAGCUGCUGUUGAGGCAUAAGGUGGAAGUAUUCGAGCACACGCUGUCCCAAACCCCAGGGAACGACCUGGCCCGCCUCCUCUGGCUCAAAAGCCCUUCAGCCGAAGCCUGGUUCGAGCGGCGCACAAACUACACCCGGUCUCUAGCGGUCAUGAGCAUGGUGGGCUACAUCCUGGGCCUGGGGGACCGCCACCCGUCGAACAUCAUGCUGCACCGGGUCACGGGCAAGGUGUUGCAUAUCGACUUUGGAGACUGCUUCGAGGUGACCCAAGCGAGGGAGAGAUUCCCGGAGAAGAUUCCGUUCAGGCUGACGCGUAUGCUCAUCAACGCUAUGGAGGUGACGGGCAUCGAAGGCACAUAUCGCUUCACGUGUGAGUCAGUGAUGCAGGUCCUGCACAAACACCGCGACAGCGUCAUGGCCGUGCUGGAAGCCUUCGUCUACGACCCCCUCCUCAACUGGCGGCUAGUCGAGAACGACCACAGAUCCUUGACUGAAUCCACCUUCUCUUCAGACAUCGACUCUUCAUACACCCUCCCUAGCAGAAGCCGUAAUCAUCUCCAUUACGAAUCAUUGGAAAUUCUACCCGAGGCUAACUUGAACAAAAGAGCAUUAGCUAUAUUGAACCGGAUACGUGACAAACUAACAGGCAGGGACUUCCCCAACAUAGAAGCGGUGGUGAGCGUGAGAAAACAAGUGGAUCUGUUGAUCAAACUCGCGACGAACAAUGAAAACUUGUGCCAGUGUUAUAUCGGCUGGUGUCCUUUCUGGUGAUACAGUGUGCAGGUAAUGUCUAUGUCAAUACUAAAUUAUUCUUUACGAGUACAUAAUAAAGCUGGUUUGAUGUUUGUUGAAACGCUAUAUUCUGUAACUUUUUGAUCCACUGAUUUUUUCCGUGUUUCAGCCAAAGCUAUCCGUAAGCCCGAAAUGCAAUCUGUGUGAUUUGUCCGUAUAUGUAUAUAUUUAUUAAUUAAAUUUCCCACGACAGGCAAGCCGGGCUGCACCUUGUCGUGUUUUUAAUUCGUAUUUGUUUUUACAAUUUGUCCAGUACACUCAUUACGUUUACGACGUUCGAUAACUAUCAAGGUUGUUACCAUUACCUAAUGCGGAAACUUGCAAGUUUUAAGAUAUAUAUUGCAUGUAUAUUGUAUCGUAAGAGACUUGUAGCCACUUUCCGGACUUCAAUUAUGUAUUUGACAUACUGGGGUAUUAUGUAAUCUGUGACAUAUACAAUAGUUAAUUGAAUGUUGACAAUUUUUAUAAAGGUACGUUAUCGUGAGACGCGUGUUAUUGUCAAGAUAUAAUUAAUCUUACCGAUAACUUACGAGAUGUCCUCAUUGAGAUUUGAGACAAUCCGACGCGAUGCAAAAAUAUCAAAUCAAAUAUACAUACAUAUAUGUCAGUGUCUAAUACAAAGUACACAGAACAAUAGAUCAACUAAAAGAGAAAAAAAAACACAGGACAAACAUAUUCGUCCCUAGGUUUUUGAUACAUUCGCGUCGCUCGAUAAACUCAACUAGUUACUAAACUCCUGUCCAUUUACAAAGUUUCCAUUUAUGACGACACAAAAAAGACUGAAGUUUCAGAAAAAAUCCUUUUAUAGGAGAAUCCUGAGCAAAAUAUUAUUUUAUGUAAGAGCCAAUUCAUUGCUAGUCUUAACUAGUGGUGUGUGAUUUUAUUUCACGACAACCGGGUUUUAAAGUAGGUAAUCUAUUCUUACCAAACAAUUUUACGACGAGGCUGCCCUACUAUAUUAUUAUUACUUUUGAAAGUAAUUAAUAUUUAUGUAAUCUCAAUAUAUUUCUACUGCCCUUUAUUACGUAGAUUUUAUCAUUAUCUAGUGGUAUCUAAUUAUGUAAAGAUAACAUUUUAUGUUCGCAGUGAUUGUAUUUGUAAUUUUUUGUAUUAUGCUCUUGGAAAUAAUAUAUAAAUAUUAUUUCCAAUUCAAUUUACUAUAAAACCUUGAACUUCUGUUAUAUUGUUAGGUGACGUCUUAUUAGUAAUUUUAAGAUAUAUUAGUUAGUAGUAGUUAUCUCUGUCAAGUAUUAUGUUUUAUUCUAUCCUGUUUCUAUUAUGAAAAUAAAUUAAUCUGACGCACUACAAGACUGUUAAUACUGCCAAUAUUGCAUUUUUAUAUUCAUAAUUGUCGCGUAAUUUAAGUAAAACUUGCGAUCGUUUUCUUUGAUCAAGGUGUAGCAUUCUUACAAAUAAUGAGUUUUGUAGUUUGGCACCUAUGUACGACACCUUUCUCGUAGCUAAUUGACAAAAGCGACAUUUUAUAUUAUAGUUGAGAACACUUUAUACAAAAUAUUUAAUGUGACUGAAAAGGUACUUUUUCACUGCUCCAAUAUAACGCUCUGGAUGAAACAAAUUGUAUUGCAAUAUAUUUUCAAUUUUAACAUUUUUCACUCGACGUAUUGUAAGUAAAAUUAUUUAUGUGUGUAUUGUUUUAAGUUAUAUAACU